AUGUCCAAGACUUGCAUGCAAUUCUUUCGCUUUAGUCACUGCACCAGUAAAGCCGAUACGUCCCCGAAGGCCCUAUACCGGCACUUGAUACGCCAGUGUGAGAAACUGCCCGAAGGGCCCCAAAAAUAUUACAAGUUUAUGAUCAAACAGAGUUUCAAACAGCACGUUAAUGAAACCGACCCCCAACGCAUCCAACAAAUCGUCGCAAGGUCUUACGAGGACGCUGACUGGGUCUUGAAAAAAUAUCUUGGGAAACAGUAACAUGGAGGAGGUCCCCCUGGUCAGGAGUUGCACUCAAGUCCCUUUGGAAAAUUUCUGGAAGGCUGUUUUAGUUUACCACAAUAGGCCCCACGUGAUCAAUCGCAAAUUAGCAGCGAUUGUGC